AUGUACCUUGGUUGCGGGCACAUCCCCAGUAGGGGGGGUGUGCAAGAGGCAGUUGAUCAAUGUUUUCUCUCAUCGAUGUUUCUGACUCUCUAUCCUUCUCUCUUCCUCUCUGUAAAAAAAUCAAUAAAAUAUAUAUUUUUUAAAAAGUAUCUCAGAAAAGAAAAUGCCUUUAGAGAAAGGAAGAAAAACCAAGGGAUAAUAUCAAAGAGCAAAAUCCUGGGGGUGAGGGGAGAUUUUCAAAGCAACAUCAGUUUUCACAUAGGUAGUCUUCACUGGAACACUGGCCCCAACACGGAAACAGAGCUAAAUUAA